AUGGCAGCUGCUGCGGACGGUAGUGCUCAGCUUGACCCGUCGUCGACGUCGUCGUCGUCAAGACCCUCCUUUAUGUCCGUAAAUGGCGAUGAUCAAGCUUUAUGUGCACAUCGCGGCUAUGUACCUAUUUCAGCGCCAAUUCCGUGGCAUCGGGCUGUCGGUCAUCUGGCACGUUUCGAGAUGUCCGUCGUCCAACCGCCACCACAUCUGAUGCAAUUCGCCCAAACACAAGCCGCUCUCACUCCUGUUGACGAUGACAUCGAUCUUCAAGGAGGACGACUGAUCGACGUCGUUGAGGAAGAGGAAAUAGACGCAACAGACGGAUGCCGUGUACAAGUGAUCACCUAUCGGAUCGAAUCCGCCGAUGGCACGGAGCAGCUAACGAAAACGAUUCGUAGAAAG